CUUCAUAAACAACCUCGACGAGGACAAAAUAUGUUGCCGCACACUCUGCCUUCAUUUUUUGGCUUCGCAGGCUAACGUUCUAACUUGUGCAAUUCUUGGCAUACGUCGAUCCCAGCGCCGCUUCAGCGAAUACUGGUCUCACAACUUCUCAAGGAAUAAAUGUACACGGGCCUUUAACAUUUCGCUUCCAUCGAAACGCAAAUUCCACAGCCAAGAUUGAAGCCGCGUCUCGUGCCACCUGCAGCCGAGGACCAGAACCACUGCGUCACGGAGCGCAGUAACAAAUGAAGCCUCCGGUGUUCAGCGUUCCAUGCAACAGCGACGAGCUCAAUCUUAAGGGUCCCCUGGCAACCACAGUCAUUGGCCUAUGCUUCAGCCUGUGCGGCACGGUGGCCUUCGUGGUCGGCUUCGUGUGGCUGCAGUAUCAACCUCUCUGGAUGGCUGGACUACUGCUCUUUGCUCUCAGCCUCGUAGCCAUUUGUUCUGGGAUGCUGUCCUACAAGGUUCAGGUGGAUCGCUUCAAGCACAGGACGCAGAACCAGCACUACGCCACACCUUACGGGCAACUGCACGCGGAGGACGAAGAAGCAGGUCUCUCACGCGACAAAUCCUGUGCAGCGGCUGCACUGAAGCCUGGGCGCUUGGCUCCAUUGAAAGCUCCACCAUCUACAAUUUUCCUUGAAGACACGGCUGCCUCGAACGAAGCAGUGGCGCAGUCGCAACAUUUCCACGCUUGUGGUGUCGCUGUUCACAUCUAGGAGCUAUGAUGUUUAGAUCAUCUUCGAAUCCAUAUCCCCGUUUACAUGUAUGUGACAAGUCACGCGUGGCAUCACAUUUCUAUGAAGUAACAAAAUAUUGGUAAGCUAUAUGUUAGUAAUCCGCUUGGAAGACACAAUGUACUAAAGGGUCCGUAAACAACCCAGAGGUCGAAGGUCAGUUGUGGUGGAGAAAUUGUGCACGAGUGUAUGAUGAACACGGCGUUGAAAAAUUUUUCCAAACGGUGCAGUAAUAGCGGAAUUAGACGCGCUUUUAUAUCGAAACCUUGACGACUACGCCUUUCACUUUCUCUUGCUCUUCCCUCCGCUGGUGUCCUCUCCCACGCCGCUUUGCCCUCUCGCCGAGCGUCCCUUCCAUGCUCCCCCCAAUCUCGUGUGGCAAACGUGAUAUUUGACACGCUGCUUGAGACACCACCUACUUUCGGUUGCCGCGAAUCCGGUCUUUGAGAUCCGGAGUUCCCGCCGAAAUCUUGGAGCUAGCACUCGGAGUGUGCCAAACGUGAUCUGCAAGAGUAACACGUGAAUGCCCCGCGUGAGGUCUCUCCGGAAGUUUUUUUAUUAAUACGUCAAUAAACCGGUACCGGAAACGA